CAGAUGCAUUGUCCACCAUAAACCUUCGCCACACCCGGAAUGAACAUAAUGAAAGCUUCCUUCUACGACGCCUACUCCGACAACAUCUCUUCCAGCACCCAGGCCCUAGAAGCGUCUGCCCUAUCAAGGACCAUUUCUACCGUCCACCAUGAUUACUACCCCUUUCUGGGCGGGCUUCGUCAUUCUACCACGCCAACUCCCAUACCCUAUGACAUCUAUGACGUCAACACAUAUGACAGUUACGUCAGUACGUCUAGUGAUGUAGAUGGACCGACGACGGUGGGUGAUGUUGCUGGGUACAACGCUACGGGGUCUUUUAGCUUCAUCUCUCUGAAACGAAGCAGCCAAUUUAGCGAAUCGGCUGCUGACCACUGCGUCGCCGGCAAGAAGACAACAGGAGCGACCAUACUCAAUCAAGUAGGAAAAAAUAGCAGCAGCAGUACCCGAGGGAGGAGAAAAAAUAUAGUUAGAGAUCGUCCUACCUCUCCGACGAUAAUGAAAAAAAGAAGACUAGCAGCUAACGCGAGGGAAAGAAGAAGAAUGAACGGCUUGAACGAAGCAUUCGAUAGGUUGCGAGAAGUUAUACCUAGCUUAGAUGCAGAUCACAAACUUAGUAAAUUUGAAACACUCCAAAUGGCACAGACUUACAUUAACGCGCUCAGAGAACUUUUAGAGAGAAGCGAAGAUAAUCGGUGAAAAUUAUAAAAUUCUAGAUGUAUACCCACCUUUUGUCACAGUGACCGAUCUAUUUAGAAGCAACCGGAGCACCUGCCGAAUUUUGCUAUGCUUCAACUGUACCAUCAAAAGUACCAAAAGUUCUCUAUUUUCAACUAUAGUGAUCCUUAGUCCCACAUAACUUAAGUGAAUUUUUGGUACAAUUUUAAAUUUUACGGAAUCGAUAACGAGGGUUUUGUGCACCUCAUCGCCAAAAUCUGAUCUAUGUGUUCUGAUGUCUUUAAAUCCAUGAAAGAUUGUUGAUACUAGAAAGUAUUUAAUAAGGUUACUUUGACUGUUAGUAUAGCGUUUUUCUGUCCACAUAAGUAUGAAUUACUUGUAUAUCAGUUAAAAAUAUUUUGUAAGCAUG